CUGCGUGAGGUCUCCCUCUUUUCUUCAGCAUCUUCCUCCUCCUUGUGCACAGACAUGAACCGACUCAGUAUCACGGUGGUCCUGGGACUGCUGGCGCUCGGGUGCGCUCAGCUUGGUAAUCGUCAGCCCGGGUGUGACUCUCCCGAGGCGGAAGAAGCCGCAUUUGCGGCUCAGGACUACCUCAAUGCUCAGCAUGCUCAUGGCUACAAAUAUGCACUAAACAGGAUUGAGGAUAUCAAGAUCCUCACCAAGCCCAAUGCAGAUGACAUCUAUAUUGUUGAAGUGGACCUUCUGGAGACGGACUGUCACGUGUUGGACCCCACUCCUGUUGCUAACUGCACAGUCCGACCCAAAGCACUCACCUCAGUAGAAGGAGACUGUGACGUGGUUCUGAAAAGGGUUGGAGGAGUGCUGACUGUCACGGCCUUCAAGUGUAAGACUGAAGAAUCAACAGAGGACCUCUGUUUGGGCUGUCCUACUCUCCUUCCGCUGAACGAUACCAAAGCCCUGAACUUUGUGCACGCCUCUCUGGCUACGUUCAACAACAACACAGUGAACACAACUUACUCUCUGCUUGAGGUCGGAAGGAUGUCGACACAGAUUGUCUCUGGUGGGCCGCGCUAUCUGGCAGAAUAUGUGAUCGUUGAGGCUAAUUGCACAGAUGAAGUCUGUGUGCCGCUGAAUGAUGUCACGGCUAGUCGCGGUAUUUGCACUGCCAAAGACUUUGGAGCUGCCCACACAGUUGACUGCAAGAUGUUUUCCGUUAUGGUGCCUCCCCAAGACGCAAACAGCACUGGGGGUUCUCACGUGUUCCCAAGCACACAAAACAUGACCAGAAAGCAUGUUCUGAGACACCACAAACUGACCGCUCUCCAUGAUCCGCACGCUACCGGCCUUCUGUCGUCCGAGUCGGCAUCAGAAUCUGCCGAAGUGGUGUCCGUCGCCACCCCUGCAGUCGUGAACGCUACAGCACCUGCUCCAACUGCCGACACAUCAUCCGCCUCAAUCAGUGGAGAGGUUCCCGUCGCCGUGGUUAAGAGAGACGUACCCGACACCCCUGCCACCGUUACAGACCCAGUUCUUCUGAUAGCACCAUGCCCCGGAAGAGUCCGAUUCUUUUAAAAAAAAUGUUCCAUCAUGUACUUUCAUAACCUGGAUUACUUCUAAAAAACACUGGCUCCAAGUAUAACUCGCCUCUUUAUUUCCAUACAUUUGUAAGGUUGCCAUUUAACCCGAUUACUCUUUUGCUUGACGUGUCAGACUGAAGAAAAAAAAACAUUUUAUUAUAAUAAAGAAUUCUGAAAUACUAUUUGAA